GACUUCAUUCAAGUCGUCUUAAAGUCAAUAACAAAAAAUAUUAUCACACAAAACAUUCCAUUUACAAAUUAAUUCCAAUUUUUUAGCGAAUUUUUAAGAUUUUCAAGGCUAACUUCAAUAUUAAAGGAUUUAAAAAGUUUCUGAAUGCAGUUGUCGUCUCAUCAAGAAUAGCAGAAAGUAACGGAAUCUGUGCAGUCCAUCAUUGUAUCUCGUUGUGGAAAGACUUGUUUCUUCGGUCUAGCGCAAGUACAAAAAUAGUGAAAUUUAUUACGGUGACGUAUAGAAAAGAGAUAAGAAAAAAGAAACUAUGGGAAUUGUUCGAUUUUUCUCGCUUAAUGCAUUUAAUGAUGCAAAGUUCAAAGCCAUUUUGGAAAGUUUAAAGAAGACCCAUCCAACGGUCACUGGACUUUCUACGGAAAUCUGUUAUCACAUUGAAACAUCGAAAGGAUUCAAAUUGAGUGACAAUGACCUCAAAACGUUGCGUUGGAUCCUCAAGGAACCCCAAUCCGAGGAUUCUCUCGCACACGAAAGUCAACUUUCGGCAGUCGAUAACACGCAAAUGCUCAUCGAGAUCGGACCACGUUUCAAUUUUUCGACUGCUGACUCAACAAACAGCGUUUCCAUCUGUCACAGUGCCCACAUCACGGCCGUUACACGUGUCGAGAAAUCAAUUCGGUACUUGAUAUCAUUUAGCAGCGCCGUAGCAAGUCCUCAAAAAGUAAAUGACGAGCUUGUUGCCUUGCUGGGUGAUCGGAUGACGCAAUGUCAGUACACUGUGAAGAAUUUACCGAAAGAAAGUUUUGACGAACAACUUCCGGCUGUGCCGAAGGACUCGUGGUUCUUCGUGCCAGUGUUGAAGGAUGGUCGUAAGGCACUCGAAAAGGUCAAUAAGGACUUGGGUCUGGCUUUUGACAAUUGGGAUCUGGAUUAUUACACGAAUUUGUUCCAGAAUACCUUGAAACGCGAUCCAACUAGUGUGGAGUUGUUUGACUUUGCCCAAAGUAAUAGCGAACAUUCGCGUCAUUGGUUCUUCCGUGGAAAGAUGUUCCUGGAUGGAGUUGAGCAAGAAAAAUCAUUGAUUCGGAUGAUCAUCGAUACGCAAGAACACACGAAUUUGAAUAAUACAAUCAAGUUUAGUGAUAACAGCAGCGCUAUUAAAGGCUAUACACACGAAACACUCGUCCCGAAAUGUUUUAGUGGACCUGGAGUUGUUCAAGUUAAGAAAGUUGAAUCGGAUUUGAUUUUCACAGCUGAAACGCACAAUAUGCCAACUGCUGUUGCGCCAUUUAGUGGAGCUACAACAGGCACCGGUGGGAGAAUCAGAGACGUCCAAGGGGUUGGUCGAGGUGGUCUUACGAUUGCCGGUACAGCUGGAUAUUGCGUCGGAAGUUUGAAUAUUCCCGGCUACAGUCUUCCCGAUGACUUGACAAACGUCGAAUAUCCCCCUUCGUUCGAAAAACCCUUGAAAGUGAUCAUUGAAGCGAGUAACGGUGCCUCAGACUAUGGCAAUAAGUUUGGUGAGCCCGUUAUCACUGGUUUUGCCGUGUCUUAUGGCGUCGUGAAUGCUGAAGGCAAGCGCGACGAAUAUGUCAAGCCAAUCAUGUUCAGUGGCGGCUUAGGGACAAUGUUGUCGUCACAAACGAAGAAAAAUGAUCCAGAAAAGGGAAUGUUGUUGGCCAAAAUUGGCGGUCCCGUUUACCGCAUUGGCGUCGGUGGUGGCGCCGCAAGUUCCGUGGAAGUUCAAGGCGACAACAGCAGCGAGUUGGACUUUAAUGCGGUCCAAAGAGGCGAUGCUGAAAUGGAAAAUAAGUUAAAUCGCGUAGUUCGGGCAUGCAUCGAACUCGGAGACAACAAUCCCAUUCAAGCGAUCCACGAUCAAGGAGCUGGCGGCAAUGGAAAUGUCCUCAAGGAGCUAGUUGAGCCGGGAUAUGCCGGAGCUGUGAUCUUCACGAAAGAAUUCCAGCUGGGUGAUCCGACAAUAACUGCUUUAGAACUGUGGGGAGCGGAAUAUCAAGAAAAUAACGCAAUUCUAGUGAAACCUAAAGACCGCAAAUUUUUGGAGGAAAUUUGCGCGAGAGAACGUUGUCCUAUCAGUUUCGUUGGAUUUGUAACUGGCGAAGGUUACGUAACUCUAAUCGAAAGUGCAGCUGAUAACGACAAGUAUGUAAGUCGCGAGACACGUGAAACAUGGGGAGAUCUUCCAUUCGACAUGCAUUUGAAGGAAGUUUUGGGUGAAAUGCCUAAGAAAGAGUACCAACUACAACAUGUCGCCCAAACAUUCAAACCUCUCGAAUUGCCGGCCUAUGGCGAUAACUACAACGAAGCUUUGUUGAAUGUCUUGUCGCUCAUGACAGUUGGUAGCAAGCGUUUCCUUACAAAUAAAGUCGAUCGUUGUGUCACCGGUCUCAUCGCACAACAGCAAUGUGUCGGUCCACUCCAUACCCCCUUGGCUGAUUGUGCCAUUACCGCAGUGAGCCAUUUCACGCAUCAAGGAAUUGCCACGAGUAUCGGCACGCAACCCAUCAAAGGCCUUAUUUCCGCGGAAGCUGGAGCCCGCAUGUCCGUUGCCGAAGCACUUUCGAAUUUAGUGUUUGCUGGAAUCACGGAGCUACCUGAUGUCAAGUGCUCCGGAAACUGGAUGUGGGCCGCCAAGUUGCCCGGCGAAGGUGCCAAGAUGUUCGAUGCUUGCAAAGCCAUGUGCGACAUCAUGGAAGUACUCCAAAUUGCCGUGGAUGGUGGUAAAGACUCUUUAUCGAUGGCUGCUCGUGUGAAAGAUGAAACAAUCAAAAGUCCGGGAACUUUGGUGAUUUCCACUUAUGCACCGUGUCCCGAUGUUCGUGUCAAGGUAACGCCAGAUCUCAAGUCCCCGCAAGCCUUUAAGAAAGGCGAAUUGGUCUGGGUCAAUAUUGAGUCGAAAUUCCGUUUGGGCGCAUCAGCGCUCGCACAAUCUUUGAAACAACAAGGCGAUGACACGCCAGACUUGGAGAAUCCACUUAUCUUACGCAAUGCUUUCAACGUCACCCAAAAUCUCUUGAAAGACGGAAAACUCUUGGCAGGCCACGAUAUUAGUGAUGGCGGUCUUGUAACGUGUCUCGUUGAAAUGGCUCUUGCUGGGCUCUGCGGCUUAGAAGUCGAUUUGACGACAGCGAUGAAUUCCCUUCCAGCGACAGCCUUUGCAGGAAAAGAUACGGCGCUGCAUCUUCUCUUUGCUGAAGAAAUUGGAUGGGUUUUGGAAGUUGAAGCAGAGAAUCUGCAAGAAGUUUUGGAAGAGUUCAAGAGAAAACAAGUUCCAGCGUAUCAUAUUGGACGUAGCAUCGGUCUCGGCCUUAAUUCCCAAGUUCAAAUUAAGAGUAACAGUCGUUAUUUGAUCGAUAUCGACGCUUUGUCGCUCUACAAGCAAUGGGAACAGACUAGUUAUGAACUGGAAAAAUUGCAAAUGAAUCCGGAAUGUGCGGAACAGGAGUACACAAGUCUUGAUUUUAGAUCAGGACCUAAAUAUGCAUGUACUUUCAAUCCCGAUCAAGAACUCGUUUACAAAGAAAUGUCGUCUCCUGUCGUUGUUGCCUGCAUUCGUGAAGAAGGAACAAAUGGCGAUCGUGAAAUGAUAGCAUCUCUCAUCAAAGCCAAAUUUGAGGUCCAUGACGUGACAAUGCAGGAUCUUAUGCAAGGCAAGACCACUUUAGACCGUUAUCGUGGCGUAAUAUUCCCCGGUGGAUUCUCCUAUGCCGACACUCUAGGUUCCGCCAAAGGAUGGGCAGCCAGUGUCCUCUGCAACGAACGCAUUGCCAAUCAAUUCAAGCAUUUCAAGGCACGUCCAGACACCUUUUCGCUCGGCGUUUGCAACGGAUGUCAAUUGAUGAGUUUGAUUGGUUGGGUCGGCGACGACUUCCACGAAACAAAUGGCCUGCCAAAUGGAAAUCACCCGGAUGCCUUGGAAGAUCCAAAUGUUGCCUUGUUACACAACAAAUCCGGUCGUUUCGAGUGCCGCUGGAGUUGCGUCAAAAUUCCCAAGUCCAAUGCCAUUAUGUUGAAGCGCAUGGAAGGUUCCGUUUUGGGAUGCUGGGUUGCGCACGGCGAAGGCCGGUUCUCCUUCAAAUCAGCCAAUGUCUUGGAGCAACUCAAGAGAUCGAAUUGUAUCACGUUGCAAUAUGUCGAUGACUAUCAGCAACCGACCGAAGUGUAUCCGAUGAAUCCGAAUGGCAGUGUUGACGGUAUUGCUGGAGUCUGUUCCGCAGAUGGACGUCAUCUGGCAAUGAUGCCACAUCCCGAACGUUGCACGCAAAUGUGGCAGUGGCCUUAUGUGACGAACAACUUUAAUUUCGAAAAAUGUCCAUGGCAAUUCAUGUUUGACGAAGCGUAUCUCUGGUGUUGCGAGACCGCAUCUCAAUGAAAAUUCUUCCCUGGAUGAUAAAGUACAUAUGCAUUUAAUUGGUAGCAAUUAAGAUUUUUUUAUAUAAUUUUUUCAAAGUUUAUCAAUAAUAAAAAUAUAAAAUGAAAAU